AUGGAUAUCAUACCAACUACUGAGAAAACUAAAGAUGGCGAAGGGUCAUCUGUAAAGUGUCCCAUGCUCAAUGCUACAAAUUAUACUGUGUGGACCAUGAAGAUGAAGGCAGCUCUAAAGGUUCAUGAAGCAUGGGAAGCAAUUGAGACAACGGGUGAAGUUAAGGCCAAGAAGAAUGACUUAGCGUUUGCACUGCUACUGCAGUCUAUUCCUGAGAGUCUUGCGUUGCAGGUUGGAGAGCUUGAGUCAGCAAAGAAAAUAUGGGAGGCUAUUAAGACUCGUCAUAUUGGCGCAGAACGAGUCAAAGAAGCAAGACUCCAAACAUUGACGAUGGAGUUUGAUCGGCUGAGGAUGAAAGAAACAGAUAGUAUUGAUGAUUUUGGAGGAAAGUUAGCUGAGUUGGCAUCACAAUCCGCUUCACUAGGAGUAGUAAUCGAAGAAGUGAAGCUUGUCAAGAAGUUUCUUAUGAGUCUUCCUAGUAAGAAGUACAUACAAAUUGUGGCAACUCUAGAACAAUUUCUAGACCUCAAGACAACGAGUUUUGAAGAUAAACUUGGGAGGUUAAAAGUAUAUGAAGGAAGACUCCGGGCUGAAAAUCAAGAAGAAGAGGAUAAAGGGAAGCUUUUGUGGACAAAUAAUGAAGGACAAUCAUCGAGGCAUCAAGGUGAUCAAUCUGCUCGUAGCUACUCUGAUGGAGGAAAUCGUGACUACAACAACUCAUAUCGAGGUAGAGGACGUGGACGAUCCUUUUACAGAGCAAGAGGACGUGGUCGCUAUAAUGGAGGAAGAAGCUAUAAUGCAGGAAGAGAUGAGAGCAGAGAUGCGUCCCAUAUAACCUGUUUCCGUUGUGAUAAGGUUGGUCACUUUGUGGCACAAUGUCCGGAGCUCUUGCUGAAGCUACAAGAGACGGUAGAAACAGAGGCUACAGAUACACAAGAGGCUGAUGAGCUCUUGAUGCAUGAGAUUGUGUUCUUAAACGAGAAGAAGGUAAAGUACGUUUUGGAGAUGAUUCUCUAA